AUGCCCAUGAUACGUUACUAUCCUCUUCACUCAACUGGACAAAGCGGUGAAGAUAUCGAGUUGCAAGGGCACGGCCCUGCAGUUGUUGAAGUUCCGUGUACGAAGGGCAAACCUAGAAACUUUUCAGCGAGGGAGGUUGCGUUAGCGAAACAGAAGCAGAAGUACAGAACGAAACCAUUGCACUCGGAGAACUCUACUGCGGGCAGCUCACAGACUCCCAAGCCCAAUGUCCCCAAGUCAUCUUCGCAACCACAUGCAGCUGGCUCCUCAUCGUCCACCACACCUACCGUCGGCGAUCCUACCAUAGCUACGACCUCAACACCCUCGCGCCUAGAUGCAACGAUAAGACAGGCUGGACUCUGGGCCCGCUUCUGGCUCUUUAUUGGUUGUCUGUCUCCUGAAACCAUUCUUUUGUACGAUACCACAUAUCACCUGGGUUUCCUUAACGCAGAGACCAAAUUCACUUUUCAAAUCUGGCAGUUCAAAAUUGAUAAUGGUGCAAGGCCUUUGCGUCAGAAAUCGGCUGUGUCCACUGUUGCCCAUACGUGCGAGCGUAGGUGGUGUUUGACCGCACCCUGGCAAAUGGCCAUUCCUCUCAAGUGGGUGGUGCCAAUAUAA